ACGAGCUCGCGCCGUUUGCAAGGUGCGUUGCGUUCAGAGAUGUGUAGGCAUCGCCAAACAUAACGACUGAUUAAAGAGAAACUAGAGGAAGCCGGGAAGCUUUUAUCAAUUUCCUUAGAUUAAUCUCAUCAUCUUCUGGAUUUCAUUCACUAAAUUAGUGAAGUUAAUGCGAUGAGCGCAGGUCACUGCGUGAAACAUCACAGUUCGCGUGUCUCGUCGUUAUAACUCAGUCAAUCAUGUUGCUCGAGACUUUUGUGUGGACAGCGUUUUUAUUUACCUUUAUGAAAGCCAGCAUCCCUGAAACUGAUCCAACUGAAACAGCAGAUGUGGAAAGCGGUUCAGGAAUGAUGCUGACAGAACAAAUAGACUUGCUCGAUCAUCUAUGGCAGGUGGCCAAUCACAGCAAUGCAUCUGUAACCCAGGAGAAUCAUACAUUUCCAGUCCUGCAUGUAGGCCUGUACUCCACCCUCUCCAUACCCUUACGCCAGGUGUUUGGACACAGGUUUGCUGAUGAGUUUAGUUUGCUGCUGCGUCUGCGCAGCUCCCAGCUUGAAGACCGCAGCCUGCUCACCUUCCUCAGCCCGGACGGACACAUUUUACUGCAGGUCCGCAUCAGUGCCUACGCCAUCACCUUCAUCAGUACCCAGCAGCGACAUUAUGAGUUUCCUGUGACAGUGUUGUCUGAAGGCGACUGGCAUCGCGUGGCAUUCAGCGUCUCCACAGGCCGCUUGGCGUUGUAUGUGGACUGUUCUAUGGUUGAGAGCAUGGACUGGGCCUACAAAGAGGGUCUGGGGAUCUCCACAGAUGGCCUAGUGAUGGUGGGAGGAAUCAUUGAGGGAUUUGAGACCCCAUUUGAGGGCGAUUUAAUGCAAGUGACGUUUCUGAUGGGAGACCCAGAUGCAGCGCGAGAUCACUGUAGCGGUAAAGGACACAAACCACCUCGAUCUCCCCGCAUACACCCUGAGGGGGAACUCCUGCUGUCCUCAAAUGAUCUGGAGGAUUUAUUAGAGACAACCGAGGACGGAGACUCUGUUCGUGCAAAAAUAACUGGCCUGCGGAGACGUGGGAUUAUACGCGGCGAUGGGACUCUGCCAACCGGAUCCAAACGUCCUGGUGUUGUGGGGCGUGGUGAUGUAUUUGAGGUAGAUGAGGAUACGGACCUUGUGGACCAUAACAUCUUGUCCAAAAAUGGUGGCAAACCUUCGAAGACCUUCCCAACUGCAGGCAGUCGGGAUGGGAAGCCAGAAUCCACGUCUAAACGUUUAGAUGAAAACAUUACCAUCGAUAAGGAAAAAACUGGCAAACCGUUACCAAAGAAACCAGGGGAUACCACGAUAAUCAAUUUGGAUGUUAGGGAACCCACCUCCAGUCCUAAAGUCAAAGAGUCCAACCUGUUAAAGGAGAACCUAGACCGGGGAACCACCGUAUCACCCAGAAUUCCUGAAGUUUCCAAAGGAUCUAGUGGAGCAUCUGAAGAGCGUCCAUCUACUGUUAUACUAACAGGCAGGCACGGGGACCUCGUGCAAGGCUCUGAUGGAAGGAUGUAUCGCAUCCAGAGGGGACCUACGGGGCCAAUGGGGCCUCCUGGUGAACCUGGAUGUCCAGGGAGUCCUGGCUAUCCGGGAGCUAAAGGUGAUAAGGGUGCCAUUGGGUUAAAGGGGCGUCCAGGUCGCCCCGGAGUUCCAGGACACCCCGGACCACCAGGACUGCCCACCCUUUACCUGUGGAACAACACACCUGAUGAAUGGGUUAAAUUUCAGCAAACCUCGUUCUUCCAGCUUCUCCGUGCAGGCUGGCCUAGAGCGCAGGGUCCACCUGGGCCGGAAGGGGAGAUGGGAAGACCUGGGCCACAGGGACCACCUGGAGAACCAGGUGAUCGAGGGCCUGAAGGGCGAAUGGGAGACAUGGGUGAUCCUGGCCCUAAAGGUGUUAUAGGUAGAGCAGGUGUCCAUGGAAAGGAUGGGGAAAAUGGGUUGGAUGGACUUCAGGGGCCUCCAGGGAUUCCAGGGCCAAAGGGUCCCUUGGGCUAUAAAGGAGAAUCAGGCUCACCUGGAGAGAAGGGGGAGGAGGGCCUUAUGGGACCAGAAGGACCAUGUGGAGAAAUGGGAAAAGCCGGUGAGAAAGGUUUAAAAGGAGCACCUGGCCCUCCUGGUUCUCUCGGACCUCCUGGUCCUCAAGGCAUCAGAGGGCUGGAGGGCGCAGAAGGGCCACCAGGGCCAGAUGGGGAUGAUGGGAUAGAUGGACCACCUGGUCCUCCAGGUCCACCAGGACCUAAUGGUUGGACAGGUGUAAGCGGUGCACAAGGACCUAAUGGGUCUCGUGGCGAACCCGGGCCUGCAGGAGCUGUUGGCCCUUCAGGGAAACAGGGUCCUCAGGGAUUAGAGGGACAGAUCGGACCUCCAGGGCCCAGGGGCCCGCAGGGACUGUCAGGUCGAGAGGGUUUACCUGGCCCGAAAGGAGAGCCUGGACCUGAAGGGCCGGUCGGCCCCCGAGGCGAGACAGGAUUUGAAGGACUAAUGGGCAUGUUAGGAGCACAUGGCCUGAAAGGAUUCCCUGGCAUCAAUGGUAACAGAGGACCUGAAGGUGACAAGGGAGACAUUGGACCAAAAGGGAACAAGGGUAGCAGAGGUUCACUAGGGGUACAAGGCAUUCAAGGUGAGCAGGGUCCUACAGGCUUUCCUGGUUUUCCAGGAAACCGAGGUCUACCAGGAGAGCAAGGGUUUCAGGGUGAAGAUGGUGAAGCUGGUCUGGAUGGCAAAGUGGGCAAGGAGGGGCCAAAGGGGAACAAAGGUGCUGAAGGCCUUCAAGGAAAGCCUGGCCCUAGAGGGCUAAAGGGUCGAACAGGGCAGAGGGGUCACGCCGGCAUGCCUGGACUCCCUGGUUUACCUGGCUCACCAGGACCUGUUGGAGCUGAAGGAAAGCCUGGUACACAGGGACCGCAAGGCCUUGUGGGUAAUGCAGGAAAUAAGGGACCAAUGGGAUUGCAAGGGAUUGCUGGAGAGUCUGGUCAGGAUGGACCACCGGGGUCUAUGGGUCCACCAGGACGAGACAGGCCUAUGGGCAGUCCAGGACCACCGGGAGAAAGGGGUUUUACAGGAAAGACAGGAUCCGAGGGACCGCAGGGCCCUGUUGGCAUGUAUGGUUUCCCAGGAAACUUGGGCAUGAGAGGAAGACCAGGCCACACCGGAGAGAGAGGAGAGCCAGGUUCUAGAGGACCUCCGGGACCUGUUGGGAAGCCUGGACUUCCAGGUCCCCCUGGUCCAGUAGGCGAGAAAGGCAUGUCAGGACCCCAGGGCCAACGGGGAGAUCCUGGGCCUUUGGGAACAGAUGGAGCAUGUGGACCUCCAGGACUUCAAGGAGUCAGUGGGGCCAUUGGAAAACCAGGACCACGUGGAAGUAAAGGACCACCGGGGGACCCAGGGCCAAUCGGAUCCUUGGGUGUUCCAGGUCCUCAAGGGCCAAGUGGAGGGCCUGGUGUGGAUGGAGAGAAAGGAGAGAAGGGAAUGAUGGGCCCCGCUGGUGACGAUGGGCCACUUGGACUGGAAGGGCCCCAGGGUCUUCUUGGUCCAACAGGUUUGGAGGGGCCUCCUGGAUGGAAAGGCGAUAAGGGGGACAAAGGUGCCAUGGGAAAGACUGGUUCUCAAAGACAAAAAGGAGAUGUGGGGCCACCAGGUGCAAAAGGUCUAAUGGGUCCAUCCGGCCCAGCAGGUAGACAGGGCGAUAGUGGUCCAGCUGGUGUUAUUGGUGAUCCAGGCCCUAAAGGAGAAAAGGGUGAUAUCGGGCCACGGGGGUUUACUGGUUUAGAAGGGCCGUGGGGAGAUGUGGGGAAACAAGGAGAGAAGGGGUCAAAGGGAACCAAAGGACAGAUUGGCCUGCAGGGUGAGCCAGGGCUCAUGGGUGGCGUUGGUCCUGCAGGUCAGAAAGGUAUAGAGGGUGGAACAGGUCACCCAGGUCGAGUGGGGCCAGACGGACCUCCAGGAAGCAAGGGAGAAGUUGGGCCCAGUGGUUUGCCUGGUGAACCAGGAGAUGUUGGACCUGAGGGGAUUGCAGGUCCAAAAGGUGUAAGAGGUGAGAUGGGAAAAGACGGGGCACAGGGUGGUGUCGGCCUGGUCGGUCCACAGGGUUUUUUAGGCCCAAAAGGUCUUCCUGGACCUGUAGGAGAAAAAGGAGAUCCAGGUGAUAAAGCAGAACCAGGGCCGGAGGGUCCAGAUGGUCUUCCAGGUAUUCAGGGACCACCGGGACUGCCUGGUUUAGAGGGGCCACAAGGUGAACCAGGGGAAGCAGGCUUACCAGGUCAACCAGGAUCUCCGGGUCGCACGGGUAACUCGGGACCCGAAGGAAGAGAAGGGAUGAAAGGAGAGAAGGGGGAUGAUGGCAAAAACGGAGCACCAGGAAAAGUGGGUCACAUUGGACGAAGGGGUAAAAGAGGCAAAGCAGGGCUACGGGGAACCAGAGGAGCAAGAGGAGAAAAGGGAACAAAAGGAGAUGAGGGAGAGAAAGGUCUUCCUGGAUGGGGCGGAAGUAUAGGAAUACCAGGGUUAAGAGGAGAUCCUGGGGAUAAGGGGGUUAAUGGAGCUGAGGGUGAGAAGGGGGAACAAGGGUCGCCUGGUCCACCUGGAAAAGACGGCUUAAAGGGGAAUCUAGGGCCACUUGGGCCUCCUGGACCUCCAGGACCAAAGGGGGAACAGGGGAAUAUCGGCCAUGCUGGGCCUAGAGGGAUACCUGGAAUACCAGGAAUACCGGGCUUGUUUGGAGACAAGGGACUUAAAGGAUUUCAGGGGCCUCCUGGGCCCCCAGGACUCACGGGCUUACCAGGCCCACCGGGUCCUCCAGGACCUCCAGGUCUUUCUCUGAAUUUGACCCUGACCCAGAUGAAGGACCUGAUGUACAGUUCAGACAAGCCCAAUUACUCUCUGGUUCAGACACUGCUGGACUCGCUGUACCGUGACCUCCGGCUGCUGGUGGAUCCUCCUGAUGGUAGCAAGCAGCAUCCAGCCUCCACCUGUCUAGAGCUGUGGCUAUGCCAUUCCAACUACACCAGCGGUUUUUACUACAUUGACCCAAACCAAGGCAGUCCUAUAGAUGCUCUUUUGGUCUACUGUAACUUCUCAAAGACAGGAGCAGAGACCUGCCUUCACCCCAGAGAUGCACAUCUGCCCAUAAAACUUUGGCAGAACGACUCUGGAGAUAACAGCAGGUUCUACUGGUUAAGUUCCCUGGAGGGAGGAUUUAAGUUUGAGUAUCCAGCCCUGAGUGUGGUCCAGCUUCGCUUUCUAAGACUGCAAAGCAACCGAGCGGAGCAAAGAGUGACGUACUCCUGUUCCCCUGGACAGCAAGUGGGACAGACACAGCGCCAGGUCCAGUUUCUUACUGAUGCUGUGAAACAGAGCUAUUUAGGAGAACUGCAAGACUGCAUGUCUGCAAAGGAAACGGAUCCCGGGCCACGGGAGUCUGUGUUCCAGUUUGAGGACAUGAACCUGCUUCCUCUACGUGACAUAGGAAUCUUUGGCAACAGUGGUCACGAAUUUGGAUUCACCAUCGGUCCUGUGUGCUUCAGUUAGACACGUCCUGGCUGAUAGGGGUGGAUCUUGUGUUUUAACACAAAAUACAUGCUACAAAGAAAGACAGCAGGACACUUUAAAGGCGUUUGUAGUAUCGGUGGAUUGCAUUAAAGGAAAUAUCCUACACCGUUUCUUUAAGACAGCGACUUCACAGGAGUCUUCUGUCUGUCUGGGUGCUGAUGGUCAAAUGGACAUUGUGCUUUCUGUUUACAGAGACUUUCAGUUUUGUAAUUGAUGUAUAGUUUUGUACCUAAUGUUAUUUGUUUUAUCACUAGCUGGUCUUGGAAUAACAUUGUAGAUGAAGCUGGAUUGUAUCUUUGUGUUAUUUUGUCUCCUCGAAUAUUUGUAUUGACAGGGUUCUUAUGCAACCACUAUGUGGUCGCAUGCUCCACGUUCUAGCUGUAUUCUUCUGUAUAGUUAACCUACAGUAUAUUAAUCUACAGGACUAUAACGCAGACUGCAUACUUUUGAGUGUCUAAAAAUUAUUUUCCAUCUCAUCCAAGAGUCUACCUUAAAUUCAUAAAAAUAACAUGAACAAAAGGUCCUAAUAAGUGCUGUGAGGUUUCCAUACACCCGAGGUCUGAAUAUCAGGAAACUUUUGUUUUAAAUUACUGUACUACAGUACAAUUUUUUGCUUUUGUCAUAUGUAACCAUGGUCUCUUCACUACAAUAGUGUUUAAAUAUAUGUAUUGGUUGAUUUAGGGGUGCUAAUAUUCUCGAAAGACAAAGACAGACAGCAAAUCUGGUUUGAAAAUGAUGUCAGCUUUCUGCAUCUGUGCAACCACUUAUUUAAUGUACAUUAUUGUUAUAAGACUGAAAUUUCAAGCAAACACAGUGUCUUAUAGUUCACAUUUACUGUAUGUUGGUCUCAGGGAGCACUUAUAAUGACUUUGAUCCAAGUUGAAAUAAUGGACUCAUCUCCAUGAGUAAAAACAAUUUCAUGGAAUAUGUUCAUUAUAGACCAACACAAACCAAAAUAGUGCAUUUACUCAUCUAAUUUUAAACAUUUUUAUUGUGUUUUAGGCAAAAGGUGCUUCAUGUUCAACUUGCCUACCUUGAAAAACUACAUUUUGUUCAAUUAUAUUUUGUAAUGUAUAUUGUGUUUUGUAUUUGUGGUUACGUUGAAAAUUGUAUGCUGGUCAUCUGUUUGAGUAUCAGCUCUAUAAUAAUGUAUCAUUUACAUCAUGUGGAUCCAUUCUGCAUCAUUGUUAAAAACAGAGUUUCUUUUGAAUGCUUUGUGAAGUUGUUUUUUCCCAAAUAUUGUAAACGCUCCGGAUAAACACAGGAGGUAUAUUGACAGAGACAUCCAUUCACAGUUAAAGUGAUCAGAGAUAAAAUAAGGGUUCAACUAUGCUUAGUGCCAAAUCUGAAAAACAAUCAUAGGUGGUCCUCACUGGUUAAAAAACAUAUAAGGCUUAUAAUCGCCACAUCAUGUUUAAAGGCGGAGUGCACGAUAACUGAAAAACGCUUUAGGAAAGGGAGUCGGGCCGACAAUCAAAACACACUUGUAGCCAAUCAGCAGUAAGGGGCGUGUCUACUUACCGACAUCAUUUUCUGGGUUGCAUAUGUGUGGGGCGGGUCUAUCAACCCUGCUGAUCAAAACAAUAAAACCAUUACAGAAAAUUCUAUUGGUUUUAUUGGGAAUUGUAUUGGUUCUAAU